CAACAAAUUACUAGGAUAUGUUAGAUGACUUAUCAUCAUUGGCUGGAAGGAGACUUAAUGUGACACAACUAGCCUCUAAGUACUUUCACCUGAGAAAAGUAUAUCAAGCAUGGCGGAAAUUGUUUCAACACACGGGCUUUGGUUGGGAUCAUGAGUCGCAAACUCCAACGUGUCCCUUACAGGUUUGGCAAGAAUAUAUCAAGCAAAACCCACAUGCGCAACAAUUCUUCCACAAGGGACUUCCUCACAAGGAGCUUUAUGAAGUCAUAUUUGAGAAGCAAACUACCACAAGGAGAUAUGCGUACACAUCUACGUCUCAACCUAUGGAGAACUUCACUUCUUUCGAUCAAGGACCAGUUGACAUUGAUGAUAGUGACUUCAAACGUGAUUCGGAUCAGACGAUAGGGGAAAAACAGUCAAACACAUCUGGUCAUGCAAGAUCGACAAAUAGGAGGAAGAGAAGGGGCCCAAGACAAGUACUUGUGGAUGUCAUUGGCAAAUUGACGAACGUGCUUGUGGAGAGGAGUAUAGGAUCGAGGGCUAGCAAUCGUAGUAGAGAUGAGGGGGACGAAGAGAACACCAGUGCUCCAUCUGAUCUAUUUUCCAUGAGCCAUUGUAUUGACGUUUUGACAGCCAUGCAAGUACCCACAGAGUUUUACAUGACAACUGUCAAGUACUUAUAUCAAAAUCCAGGGUGGCAGGAGGUAUUCAUAAAACUGCCGCCCGAUGAAAAGACUAAUUGGAUUUAUAACGACUUUCGCAAUUUGUAGAUGACCCUAUAUGUCUUAAGUGUUUGGCCACAUUUUUAUAUGCACCA